GUGGGGUUGGAUAGAGUGAGGGACGAAGUUCAGCGGAUCCUUGCUCUGUGCUGGGAGGAAGAAAGGAGGGCUAGGCCAGGGUCCUUGGCAAGAAUCAAGCUACUAGAAACGGCCACGAUCGCGAUCCUCGACGAGGUCACGAUAGACCUUCUCUUGGGGUAACGGGAUGAAAGCCUUUUUCGUCUCAAACAGGAUUCGCUGGGAACUAGAGACCUACGAAGACGGGAGCGAGGUUAGGGUCGAGGGAGGUGCCGAGCUUAACCCGGAAUUGGGGGAGGACCGGAUAGUCCGCGCCGAGACGGAGUUUCUAGUGGAAGUCCGGAGGCUGGCUUUGUGGAAGAGAAGGAACUGGACCACAGUAGCUAGCUUUUCGGUUCGCAUUAGAGAUGCCAGUGGCGUGAGAUUCUCGAGGACUUGGAGGGAGCCUUUGCUGAAAGUAGAGAGAAAGUUCGAGGAGGACUCAAGGUGUCUAGGAACGGCACUGACGUCUAAGAGACACCUUGUGGAAACUCGGUUUUGGGAUAGGACGAGCGAAUACAAAGAGGCUUUGCGCCAGACCCUGAGGGGGGAUAGGGGGGCAGGUCGAGCUAGGUGCGAAGACUCCUUGGUCGAAGCCGCCGAGCGGUUAGCGGGUGUGAGGGAUUUGAUUAGGAGGUGUGCGCAAGAGGGGGUUAGAGGCAUCUCGGACCUAGAGGUUGCUAACCUUGCAUUUGCCGCCAGUGAGGAGAAAAAACUGAGGGAUUCUUGGUGGACGGUAACCAGUGAGGAGUCGGAGGGAGAAGGUGGGGACGAGGAUUCUAGUGAGGAGGAGGGGGGAACAGAGGAGGAGAAGAGCUCGGGAAGUAACAGAGACAGUGGUGAAGAGGGCGAGUCGGAUAGUGGCACAGACGAGUAUCUGGCCACAAACAAAAGUGUCAGAGAGGAGCUCCUAACCAUCACGAGGAAGGUAAGGGUCCAGCUAGCGGUAGCGUCAACGAUGCAAGUAGAAGGUCCCGCCAAGGAAGAAGUGCAGGCCACCCGCAUUACCAUGGAGGAGCUGUCGGCCAAUUUCUUCUCGGGGGAAGAGGCCAAGAAGUUCUACGUGCUAGGGAGUGGCCAACUCCAGGCGGUGGUAAGUGGGAAAAAGAUGAGGGCUUUAGUGGACAAUGGGUCCGAGUCUACGGUAUGUAGGGACUCCAUCGCGCGAGAGCUAGGUCUGGAGAUAGACCGAGGGGUGUCAAUGUCGAUGGUGGUGGCAGAUAACAAGCUGCAACCGGCAGAAGGGGUGUGUCAUAGCCCCGUAAUUGAGGUAGCUGGUGUGGAGGCCACGGUACCGAUCUUUUCGGUGAAAGAGUGUUCCUCCGAAUUAAUCCUCGGGAGGACUUGGCUAAGCGCGGUACAUGCGACCACACUUGAUUUGCCGGAUGAGAGUCAAACUCUCUCAAUUCAAAGUCCUGAUGGAAUCAUAGUGGUCCUGAAGACCGUGGACGCGCAAGAUGAACGUAACCGGACCAGCCUUACUAGGCGCAAGGGGGCCCAGUCGAGGGUGUGUCGAGUCCGUCUAGAGGAAGUGCCCUUGACGGAUAGAGGACCCAAGGAGGACCAAAUGGAGAUCGAAGACGUGGGGGAUAGGAUAGUGAUUAACGACAUGGGGUACGAGAAGGAGGACGAGGAAGAGGAGUUCGGUGGGUGCGUCAAUUUGUCUUUUUUGGAAGGAUCCCCUUAGCCGGCGGAGUUAAGAAGCACAAAACCGUGGC